UCUUCCCUCCCUCUCUCCCGCCCGCGCUCCGCGUUCACUCCUUCCCCCUCGCCAGCUCCUGCUUUCCUCGGCGCCCGGCCUCCCUCUCCGCCUGCCCGUGCGCGACUCUCCCGGGCGCGGCUCCGGGGUUCAUGGUGACGAGGCGGCGGCCGCUCCAGCCCAGAGGCGGCGGCGGCGAGAGCUGGGACACGGGCGCGGGCCGCCUCUCCCAGAGCGCGGGGCCGGGCGGCGGGCGCGCCCAGGCGGCGGCGGCGAGCGCCCCCCGGCCCGCGGCCCCGCGCGCCCCCCGCGCCGCGCCCCCGCGCGCCUGGCCGGCGGGGGGCCGGGCCGGUGGGCGGCCGCCGCGCCGCGCACCCAUGGACGGCCCGGCCAUCAUCACCCAGGUGACCAACCCCAAGGAGGACGAGGGCCGGGCGCGGGGCGCCGGCGAGAAAGCAUCCCAGUGUAACGUCAGCUUAAAGAAGCAGAGGAGCCGCAGCAUCCUCAGCUCUUUCUUCUGCUGCUUCCGCGACUAUAAUGUGGAGGUCCCGCCAGCCAGCAGCCCCAGUGUGCUUCCGCCACUGGUGGAGGAGAACGGCGGCCUACAGAAGGGUGACCAGAGGCAGGUCAUUCCCAUACCAAGUCCACCAGCUAAAUACCUCCUUCCAGAGGUGACAGUGCUUGACUAUGGAAAAAAAUGUGUGGUCAUUGACUUAGAUGAAACACUGGUGCACAGCUCGUUUAAGCCCAUUAGUAAUGCUGAUUUUAUUGUUCCUGUCGAAAUCGAUGGAACUAUACAUCAGGUGUAUGUGCUGAAGCGGCCGCACGUGGACGAGUUCCUCCAGAGGAUGGGGCAGCUCUUCGAGUGUGUGCUCUUUACUGCCAGCUUGGCCAAGUAUGCAGACCCUGUCGCCGACCUGCUGGACCGCUGGGGAGUGUUCCGGGCCCGGCUCUUCCGAGAAUCCUGUGUUUUCCACCGUGGGAACUACGUGAAAGACCUGAGUCGCCUGGGACGGGAGCUGAGCAAAGUGAUCAUCGUGGACAAUUCUCCUGCCUCGUACAUCUUCCACCCCGAGAAUGCAGUGCCCGUGCAGUCCUGGUUCGAUGACAUGACCGACACGGAGCUGCUGGACCUCAUCCCCUUCUUCGAGGGCCUGAGCCAGGAGGACAGCGUGUACAGCAUGCUGCACAGACUCUGCAAUAGGUAGCCCCGGCCUCCGCCCGCCUCCCGCCCGCGCCCUGGAGCCCACAGCCUGGCCUCCAGCUCCCCAGGAGCUGAACGUGAGGACACGCCGUGCUCCGGGCCACGGGGUGAUCGUGGCCAUACCUACCUGUUUUAUUUUUUAAGAACAGAAACAACUAUUUUAAAAUGAACUCUUUUAAUGAAUUUCAUAAAGGGACACGCAUUUUACUGGAUUUGCUUUUCUUAAAACAUACCAAAAAGAAAAAAAUGGGGGAAAAAAAAAAAGCUUGGUAUCUGUCAGACUUCCUUUCAGCUGCCCCCCUUCCGCGCAGACGGCCGUUCCCCGCUACCCCAGCCCGGAGCAGCUGACCCAACUCAGAAUCUCUUUCCUACAGGAUGAAGUGCCUUUUUGAACGUUAUUUUCAGCUGAGAGUUAAUUUUUCUACACAACGUAUUUCCAGACAUCUUUUAGUCUUUUAUUGUCUUAGAUUCUCUAAAAAGAUAAAAUGACAAUUUUCUAGAACCUGGGGGGGAGGGGUGGCGAGGUUUGAGAGCAAGCCGUGGGAGCCCGGCCCCCAACGGGUGUGGCGGCCGGGCCGACCUGUGACGUGCCGCGGGGUCAGGCUCCUGCCAGGGCUGCGUGUGACCCAUCCGUGUCUCCGCUCACUUCUGACUCUGGGGAUGUGUCUGCAACCGCGUGGCUCAGCACUUCGGAAACAGUAGGUUGUUGUAUGCUGUUAGGAUUUUCAGUGGUGACAAAUUGGUCUCAGAGACACGUUUUUCCUUUGAAAAGUGACAUCCUGUCCCUUCCACUGUCACAUUACUGCCAUACUUCUGUGUGUUUUCUAGUUGUUGUAGUUGUUUUGGGUAGAGCAGUUACAAGAAACUGAAACCCUUGGAUUUUUUUUUUAACUGUUUAUUGAUUUUUACAUCUCUCCUUUCCAAAAGCUGGAUGCAGGUGGAGCUGUUGGGGAAUUUUCUUUGCUGCUACCGCGCUGCCACCAAAUGGAACUGACCAGCGGCUGUUACACUGUUCUUUGCCACUGUGCCUAUGCCCAGAAUCUGCUCACUGCUGCGCUGCACACUUGGACAGGGUUAGAAACACAGGCGUCCCGCCCGCGGCGGACUGCGCCAAGGGCGCCCCUCCCCUGGCUCUGGCUGUGGGAGCUCAGAGGGUACAGGCAAAGGGCCAGCCCACCCCUCGAGGGUGGCGUUCAUUUUAAACUGCAUUCAACCUCAGAGCCUGGGAUGAGCUGACUGUUCUCUCUGGAGAACCUGUGGCCUCAGCCAUCCACCAUGCUGACUUGGCCCAAGUCCGUCCCCCCUGGUCUCUUUUCAAGCACAGCCUCUGUCUGGGGGCGGGGGGACGGACCUGUGUAGAUGUGAGUGGGACUCCUCGCCCCAAGUCAGGGAGAGAAAGGGCUCCCUCCCCGAGCCGGGGCUUCUUUUGCAGCCUUUCCCAGUGAGAAAUUUUAAGCAGUGCCAUGUUCGUUGCUUGACGACGAGACAGUCUGUAGAGUAUUGCUCUUAAAAACAAUGAAAAAGAAACCUUUCGUGUUGGCGCCACGGCCUUGGUCCUCUGUGGGCGGGCCUCCACCAGAGUGCUGGUGGGAGCAGCCGGCACUCACAAGACGGGGAAAUGGGGUGUCAAAGUAAACUUGCUUUUCUGUUUUCAUUCACAAAAUAAUGAAGCCAGUUGCCAAUCACGUCUUCCCAACAGCACUUCGGUCUGUGGACUGCCUCGCGUUCAGAAGUGAGUAUUCAGGGGUACCCCAGUCUCCCAGCGUUCUGAGUGUCGUAAACCCAGUAACCCACAAUAGAAUCGGCCCCCUGCCAGGUGUGACCACAGACAAUGGCGGUGACGUGGCAGAGCUGCACGUGCCAUAAACCUUGACCUGAGAAACUCGUCAUUAAAUGAACCCGCUGCCUUAAAUGUCCUGAAUGUUGCAGUCCAGUGUCUCGUCGUGUGUUGAAACCCACACAGCUCGGUCCCGAUGGCAGCCAUAGACCCUCGCCUGUGCCCCUUCUUUCUUGGGCAUCGCGAAGUCUUGUUUGGAAUGGGGAACAGAGAGGACAGAAAUCCUAGAAUCUUUCAGGGGAAUAGAACCUAGAAACAGUGCCAGAUGGAGUGGAGACACUCGGGGGCCUGAGCCGGACCCUUCACCUGGGAGCCCCCCGGACAGCGCACGCACCGACAGUGCACGCGCCCUGCGCCUCCCUGGCAGGGAGUCGGGGAGGGCGGAGCCGGCUCCCACCGCAGGGGCCGCGGGACCAAGAGGCCCUCUGAGGGUCCUGGGCUCUGUGCACCUGAUUGGAACACACUCCAAAAUUCCACUUUUAUUUUCAUUCUUCAUUCUGUUUUAUGUACAUAAUCAAAGUAUCUAUAUAUUUUUAAUCAUCGACAUGUAAAUGAAGCAAUAGAUUUCUAACAUAAGGCCAAGAAAUGAGAUGAAUGUUUGGGGUUUAUGUUUUUUAAGGUAAAUACGGGUAUUGUUUUUAAUUAUUACCUUUUAUUAAAUCGUGGGCUUUAAAAACCUAAUUGAAACCAAUUAGAGAUCUCUCUGUGCCAUAGACUUCCCAUGUUACCAAAACAUCCCUAACUCUUUAGCCAAAAGAGAAAUCUGACCUCCUGAGUCUCCACGGCCCCUUCUGUGCCAGGUUAAAAUGUAGCCGUCUGGACCAAUGUUUUUUUGCACAAAGAUCUGGGAGAGGAUACCGUGGGGCACGGACUCUGUGCUCUGUGAUGCUCCGACAUCUCCGGCGGGGCCUCAGUGCAGCCUGGGCGUGUCCGAGGUCGCUGCUGCUCCGUCUUGCAGUGCUCCAGAGCCCUGCGUGUCGGUCUGUGGUUUCACCGUUACUGUUUGUCCACUGACAAGGAACACCACCUGUCACUGCUGGUGGUCAGUGGGGAAGCUGCUUCGACGUGGCGUGCCUUCUGAUGAGCUGGCUCUGAAGGUGACCCUGACUUGUCCUGGUCACAGCUCGGGAACGCGGGGUAUCUGUAACUCCAUAUCCUGGCAACAUUUUCCAACCCUGUAUUCGAAAGAUGGCUUUCUAAUAAAAAUCCAGAACCACACAGCCCUAGGGUCAAACACUCGUGACGUUUGUGCCUCUGCUUUUCAAGGUGCUGUGGUGGACAGUGGCGUGCCAGGGAUCGAGAAGAGUGGGUGGCUUGAAGUUUCUUGCAGUUAGUUACCUGUGCCAAACGGACUGGCUGCCUCUGUUCCUUUUUUACUGUAACCUGAUGGUGUCUGGUCCUGUUCCGUUCUCCAGGGGGCGCUUCUCUACAGACUAACCCCCGCCCCCACUCCCAAGGAGUGGAGAUGCUGGUGUCUGGGUGGUCAUGGAUUUCUGUUGGACAUUUGAAUGUGAUGAGCAAUCCAGCAUUACUCGGGAAGCACUACAUGUGGAAUGUGCACGUUUCCAGGGGCGAGCAUUGUUAAGUCAAGAGAUUUGCAAUGAUUUCCUUCCUGCCUGCCAAAAAUAAACAUGUAAAACUGC